GUCCCCUUUCUUGUGGAGAGCCUUCAGCCACUUCCGGUUACAUGACGACGGCGUCGAGAUACAAAAAAGAGAGAAGGAAAACAGGAAAAUACCUUUCUUGGCAAGAACAGUGGAAACUUAACAUUAAUACUCGUGUUUGUAAUAACCCGUUACUUAUAUGCGGGCACGGCUAACAGUCGAUAUCAGGUCAUUCUGUGUCAUUUCGGCGUCUGAGCAGAGGGAGACCACACAUAUUUGGAGUUUAUUGUUCUUCGCCUGCUAUCCACCUCGCACUAGCUAAGCUAUCUCUGGGCUAACUCAUUAGCUAGCUAGCUAACGUUACUUCCCAGCACAGUGUGCUCUUAGCCUUUUCAGCAGCUAGCCGCUGGGGAGGAAAUAACACCGUUAAGACAGCCGAUUUGCAGCUGGGGUCUGAUAGCCUGCGUAAACUCGGUGACUUUUUGUUGUUGGGCUGAGAAUGGCAACGUCGGCUCUGUACGCCUGUACGAAGUGUAACCAGCGGUACCCUUUCGAAGAACUGUCGCAGGGGCAGCAACUGUGCAAGGAGUGUCGCAUCGCACAUCCCAUAGUGAAGUGCACGUACUGCAGAUCUGAGUUUCAGCAGGAAAGCAAAACAAACACAAUCUGCAAGAAAUGUGCUCAGAACGUCAAACAAUUUGGGACACCCAAGCCCUGCCAGUACUGUAACAUCAUUGCAGCUUUCAUAGGGACAAAGUGUCAGCGCUGCACUAACUCGGAAAAGAAAUACGGACCUCCGCAGACCUGUGAACAGUGCAAACAGCAAUGCGCCUUUGACCGUAAAGAGGAAGGCAGGAGAAAGGUGGAUGGGAAGCUGCUGUGCUGGCUCUGCACUCUGUCCUACCGCCGCGUCCUGCAGAAGACCAAGGAGCAGAGGAAGGGCUUCGGCUCGUCUAACUCCUCCUCCCUGAAUGAGAAAGACCACCACUCCAGACAGCACCAUCACCACCACCACCACCAACACAGACACAGCAGCUCCCACCACAAACUGAGUGGGAGUUUGAGUCCAGAGCAGGAGCAGGGACUGUGGAAGCAGAGCCAUAAGUCGUCUUCAAUCCAGAAGGAGACUCCAAAGAAGAAACCAAAACUGGAGAUGAAGCCAUCCAAUGGGGACAGUUCCAUCACUCAGUCUAUGGAUUCUGGCGGAACGGACAACUUCAUCCUCAUCAGCCAGCUGAAAGAGGAAGUGAUGUCCCUCAAGAGACUUCUACAGCAGAGGGACCAGACCAUUCUGGAGAAGGACCGCAAGCUCACGGAGCUCAAGGCAGACUUUCAGUACCAGGAAUCCAAUAUGAGAGUGAAGAUGAACAACAUGGAGAAAGCGCACAAAGAGGCCAUGGAACAGCAACAGGCUAAAAACAGAGAGUUGAUGAAACAAGUGGCUGCCCUCUCAAAGGGAAAAAAGUUUGACCGGACAGGAAGUUCGCUGCUCUUACCCUAACAAUAGGCCGAGCCGGUAACAACACAGAGUGGCUUCAUUGUUGUAACACUGUGAGUCUCCCCUCCUGUGUUUCCUCAAUCUUUGCCAUCAACAUUGAUUAUGUUCUUAAUUGGUAAAGCCAGAGACCAUGUUGUACAUGGCAAACAGAACCAUCCUCCAAAUGUCAACGUAUUUUACAUAUUUUAUGAUGACUUUGCCACUGGAUGGGUUGUGACUUUGGAAGGAAUGGAGGAUGAAGCCCUCAUUUAAACACUGCCGGGCCAAAAAACGAGCAUGGUGUGCAUAUGUGGAUAGCAUUCUGUCGGCUCCAUGUAUCCACUUGAUUUCUAUGGAUGUCAUGCAAUUUAUUUAUUCAACUGUAUUUCUUAGCUUUUUUGUUUCCUCACAACAUACUCAGAGAAUCUCCCGUAUUUUGGGGUUUUCUUCAAUAGCAAUUAGUUAUAUUUUUCUAAAUGGACGUGAAUAUGGAAGACAAGCUCUCCUUUAUGGAGACCCUACGCAACUUUACAAUGUAUGCAAAUGUGGGAAGGGUGACCGCAGACUUGCUGCCCAGCAGUAGAGUACUCUCUCAGUAUCAAUCGGACAACAACCAAUGAACAUUUUAAAAGGCUGUUUGAUAAGAGAGAGACACCUCCUGGCUGCCCUCUUUCUCACUGUGUGACAGCUGUAGUGCUUUGCUGUUUCUCUUUAGUGGAACGAUUGUAAUACUGCAUGAUUUUACUGCCAUAUACCGGUUGGCAUUGUGGUCACAUGUACUGUAAUGUACUUUUAGACUUCUUUUCCCCUAUCUUUUAAUUAGUUUUUAUAAGAAUCACUUGUAAAGAUAUUGCUGGGGUCAGCCAUUGUAUUUAAACUAUUGCUUGUAUCUGUUUUAGUGAGUAUGUGUAUGGUAAGGCCAGUUGAAAUUAACACGUCUGUAGAAUAUGCUUUUUAAAGGAACACACCUUUCACCAUGCAUUAUUGAGCUGGUUUCAUACUGUGGCGUACAGGAUCACUUUUGUACUUUUUUCCAAACCCAAUGUUUUAAAACUAUUAAAACUGGCUAAACUGA